AUGAGUGAUACAUGCUCCCCCAGUAGCAGUUCAGAAUUAACAAGUCCACCCCAAGUCACUCCUGUUUCACUAAAUGAGGCUCCUCAAGCUUCUCGUCAAGAAAAAUCAAGUUCAAAAUCAAACCAAGGCUCCAUAUACAUCACAGCAAACUCAAGCUCACAUUUAAACAGUGAAAUUUCCUAUCUUCGUGACUCGAAUGCAACAUCUGAGCUUCCCAGUCAAACAACAGCGCACCCAGCUUCACAAUAUGUCACAGCAAGAUCAAACUACUCUUUUUUCAGCAACCAGCAAGGGCUAGCUGCUUCAGCCCAACCUUCUACCAAUGAGUCUGUGGACUACAGAGUUAAACCUCUUUGUGACCAGAAUGAAGAAGCGUAUGACAACUUGCAUGAAUUGCCAGAUUCAGUCCAUUUAGAUCAACUUUUACAUACACCACCUUACGUUCCAAAUGCUCCAAUACACUCAACUUUAGGGAGACCCUCGCUAAGACAAACUAUCAUAUCAAGGCAAUCAAGCAGGCUACUACCUACAAGUGAUAGAUUGGUUGAUUAUAUGGAGGAACAAAUAGUUAGAUGGAGAGCUCCUGGAUCUUCAUUUCGAGCAGAUGAUAUACUAAGUGGUAAACAUCCCUUUCAACAAAGCAGUCUACCAAAUCAUGAAACUUCAAAUGACAUAAAUCUGCAAUAUCCAUCAGCUGCUAUAAUUGAAACAACAGGGAACAAUUCAACAGAUAGUAUGGUUAAUAGCAUCGCUAGAUCACCUUUUGUUAAUCCUGAACAAUCCACAAUUCAGCGAAAUGAUAGACUCAGGGCUACUUUUAGAGAAUACAACGGCAGUACAUCUGUGAAAGGAACAGAAGACACAAAUCUUAAUGAUGAGGAGGAGGAGACUGAAGAUGAUGAUAAUUGUUCUAUCCAAGAAAGCUUAAAUUUCCAUACAACAAUGCAGCCAGUUUCCGGAUCGGUGUCUUCUUCAAUGAUGCUAAAUCUUAGAGAAAUGAAUAAUGGAACUGGUGCUCAUACCCCAAAGUUGACACCGGAUGUUGUGACCACUAGUAGUCAGACAGCGCAGACUGUGGAAGCUCGACCAUUGGAUAAUUCAGAUGUCGAGCUGUUAGUGAAGAACCAACCAGAACAUAUAUUUACCCAACUUGUUUUCAAUCAACAAGAAACUGAGAAUGCAUUAAAUAGUCAUUACUUGCAGGAUGAAAAUUCUGAAUUAAGUUGUUGGUCUGCGACGGUGGAAGCUUGGUGUGAAAUAUGGCUGGAAUGUGUCAAUUGUUUUGCGUGCAAUUUUGAGCCUGCAGACCCUUAUCGCAUAUAUGAACAAUAG